CCUUUAAGUUGGCUCUCCAGGGAGCGAGUCCGGGAGAGAGAGUGAGAGCGGCUGACUCCAUGCUGUCUGUGCUGCAGCUGAGGACAGCAGACAUGCUCCAUCUGUCCAUCCUCCUCCUCCUGCAUCCCUCCAUUCAUCCAUCCCAGCAGCAUCAGAUGCGCUGACAUGCCGCGUGGGGCGUCGCGUCAGAGCCUCACACGAGGAUGAAAAUGCUCCGCUUCCGCAGCCCCAGCAUCCGCUCCCUGGAGAACCACCAGGAGAUCCCGUGCACUAUCCGCCUGCUGGAUGACUCGGAGAUCUCCUGCAGCAUCCAGAGAGACACCAAAGGCCAGUUCCUGUUUGACCAUGUGUGUAAUCACUACAACCUCCUGGAGAAGGAUUACUUUGGUAUUCGCUAUGUGGAUCCAGAGAAACAGAGGCACUGGCUGGAGCCGAAUAAAGGUGUGGUUCGACAGAUGAAAUCUCUGCAGCCCUUCACCAUGUGCUUCCGAGUUAAAUUUUACCCACACGAGCCAAUGAAGAUCAAAGAAGAGCUGACAAGGUACCUGUUGUACCUCCAGCUGAAGAGAGACGUCUACCACGGCCGUCUCCUCUGUCCCUUUGCUGAAGCUGCCUAUCUGGGCGCGUGCAUUGUGCAGGCCGAGCUGGGGGACUACGACCAAGAGGAGCAUCCGUCCGAUUAUAUCAGAGACUUCAGGCUGUUCCCCAAGCAGUCGCUUAAACUGGAGAGGAAAAUUAUGGAGAUACACAAGACUGAGCUGAGGGGUCAAUGUGUUGCCUUAGCAGAACUCAACAUGCUCCAAAGGGCACACAACCUUGAAACGUACGGAGUUGACCCUCACCCUUGCAAGGACUUCACUGGUUCCACAGCUUUCCUGGGGUUCACAGCAACCGGUUUCGUGGUUUUCCAGGGAAACAAGAGGAUCCAUCUUCUGAAAUGGGCCGACGUCAGUAAGCUCAAGUUUGAAGGGAAAACAUUUUACGUCAUCGGCAUUCAAAAAGAGAAAAAACUGGUGCUGACGUUUCACACCUCAACCCCUGCUGCGUGUAAGCACUUGUGGAAGUGUGGGGUGGAGAAUCAAGCCUUUUACAAGUGCGCAAAGUCAAGUCAGAUAAAGACGGUGUCAAGUAGCAACAUUUUCUUCAAAGGCAGCAGGUUUAGAUACAGCGGAAGAGUAGCCAAGGAGGUGAUAGAAGCCAGCUCUAAAAUCCAGAGAGAUCCACCUGAGGUGCGCAGACUCCAGUUUGGUCAGAGUCGAAGCUUUAGCUCAUUGAGUCAUAAGAACCUCAUCAUGAACAUGGAACCUCUGGUACCAGCUUUGCCCUCGACCAACGAGUACGACGAGACGACGGUGGAAAACGCAGGCUUUGUUGCUCUGAAGGACUCGGCCGCGUUGCCUCCCGUCCCACCUUCAGCCGCUCCCGUAGACCAUCAACCAAGCACAGAUGGAGCGAACUGUGCGUCAGACCUGCCGCCUCCCCGCCCUGCCAUGGAGACUAUCACUAUCCGACCUCAGAUGCCCAAAGCAAGAAGUGAAAUGGAUGAGGAUGACGGAGAACGGACCAUCUCUGAGCUUGUCUACAGCCCUUGCGCCAGCAUGCUUCCCACCCCGGUGGACGACAGCCAAGGAGGCGUGGACCUACUCUUCUCGUCACCUGUCCAGAGCCCCGCCAGGCUUCUGAGGGAGCUCCACGCCGACCCCGAUAUCCAGGCGCAGCUGGAGGCCGAGAGGGAGCGCGACCGGGCCUUCGAGCGCACACGACUGGCGGCCAGAAGGGGUGGCAGCGGGGUCCUUAGCCUGCUGUCAUCCAACACCCGGCUCAACGCGUGCAUACUGAGCGUGGCGCGACUUAUUGCCGUGCUCACCGGCGUCUUGAUGGUCACCGUGCCCACUCUGCUGCUGUUGCUGGAGUCUGACCUGGACGUGUCCUUCCUGCACGAGAUCCGCCAGACGCCAGAGUUCGAGCAGUUCCACUAUGAGUACUACUGCCCACUUCGCCGCUGGAUCGUGUGCAAGGUCAGCAUGGCAAUGGAGAACCUGUGGUCAGACUAAACGUAGGAUGGAAAAGCUCUCGGACCAUAAGAGGGAAGGCAUCACUUCAGGGAAAAACACAGAUGCCCAAAAGUCUGUCUUAUAUGGAUCCUCAGACAUGAAAUGGGGAAAAUUAAAAAAAAAAAAAACCACGUAAGGUACAUAGAAAAUAUUCAUUUGUGGCCACAAUUUAAGUAUAACAUGUAAAAAAUAUUCCUUUGCGGUCACAAAUUAGGCAAAAGGACCUGACCUUUUUGAGUGUGAUAUUCGCAUGAAUUAAAGCCAACUUCAGUUUUUAACUUCCGCUAGGAAAAUAUUAAAAAACAUUUUAAAGCUAGCAAAGCAUGGUGAACAAGUGGAUGUAUUGAAUUUAUAUAUUUUUUGGGUUAUUACUCCAAAAGUUAAUUAAAAUACUUUAAUACUACGCCAUUAUUUUUUAAUAAGUAACUCGCAACUGUUUUGGAAUACAUCAUCCUCCCAAAGCUGUUUGUACUUUACACUUUCUAUAAUAGAAAGUGCAUUCCAUUUGCGAGUCAAACUGUUCAAGAAAUAAAUUAAUAUCAUGAAUUUGUGUGUUGGACACAAAUUACGCCCACCUCGUGGCGAAUUAACAUUUUGGGCACAAAUGAGUAUUUUGCACGUUAUACUUAAUUUGUGGCCCCCCAAACUGGAAUUUUAUGUGUGGGUUAUAUGUCAAUUCCCCCCCCAAAUCCCUGUCAUGUCUGGGUGUCCAUAGUCUUAACAUGUCAUUCAAUCCUAUACCCAGUCUUAACUGCUGUUGCAUCCUUGAGUCUUGAAGCUCACAAGAUGCGAUCACUUGUUAAGAUUGAGCUUUGUGGCCAAGAAUAGAAGAGGAUAAAGAGUGCAGGCAAAAGGCAGAGAGGCACAAAAAGGAGAAGGAAAAAAAUCAAGAUGCUGACAAGUGACCGCAAAGACCUUUGUCUUGACUUUAUUUGAUGUUUGAUAAAUCUUGUUCAAUGAUUUCCCCAAUUGAUCCCAAGCAUGUCAAUCAUAAGUGAGUGUUCAGCAGUCGCGCUAAAAGUUACCGCAGUCUCCUAAGUUGAGGAAACAAACAAAAAAAAGCCACAUUGGUACAGAAGUUGUUUUUAAGCUUUUGUACAUUUUUACGUGAUGCGGAUCUUUCAGGAAUUUUUAAGUCCGAGCAUCGACUUUGAUCUAAUUUUGGGGGAAAAAAAAAGUAACCGUUUACAAAAGAAGUAAAGAAAAAAAAAAAAAGCAAAUUACCGCAAGUUUUUUGGGGGCAGGGGUGGUUUUUUUACGACUCCUACAGCACAAAUUGACGUCGAGUCUCUGUCAGACCGCAUGAUGUCAUUUCUGUAACAGGACAGGCUAUGUUUAGUUUGCGCUUAUACAGCAGAUCAUGUCUUCGUGUUAUGUGUAUGGCGUGUUGGGAUGCAGCAGAAAAGAAUGCAAAAGCAGGAUGUUGACUUUUUUUGACAGGAAAUUUAGAGGGAAGAGAUGGACGAGGUUAAGUUAAGGUGUGUAUCAUGCCAGUGUCGUACGUUUCCUGUGAUGUGUGUCGUAGAGGAUGGUUUUUUUUUGCCUGUAGCUUUUUUCCACAACACUGUGUCCAAACCUACUGAGCAUCCCAGCUCCCAAAGUGGUUGUCUUUCAAAUUCUCUCCAUCCAAACAAAAUCAAAACCAAAAAGACAUGGCGCUCUUGUUAACUACCAUUCGGACUGUCCAGUCAGUUAUUCUGAUCAACUUCUCAGGAAAUGGCAUAAGCAGCUCCUGUUGAUUGCAUUUACCAGGCACACUUACACUGGGUCAACUGUCCCUUUAUUAGCAAGGUCAAGCAUGGUUGGGCCCCCAUCCUCCCUCCCUCCCUUCUCCCGCCUCCACUCAUUUGUUCUUUCAAUUUCAUUUUUCAUUAUUUCGCAAGCCUUUGUUCACUAAAAUAACCUCAGUCGAACGGGAACUAGAAGCGCAACAGUGGAUUCUAUUUGGACUUAAUUCUCUUGAAACAAUUAGUUUUAUCUCUCAAUUAUUAAUCCAGCAUCUAAUUCCUAAGGCCCUGCUCUAGAUAUUCACCAGAAUGCUAAUACUUUUGUACAGUACUGUAUAUACCAAGAUGCGUAUUUAUUUUGAGCAAGAGUGUAGCUGAUGCACUACAACGUUCAUUUUUGCAAAGGUAUUCAGUUAAUCUACACAGGCACUCCUUUCACAGUCAGUACAAAUGUUUUCUGCCUCAUAUGAAUAUGCAUAACAACGCGUGUGGGUCCGAUCCAGCACACGUAGAAAAUAUGCAGCGACAAAGCAUUUAUUUUUCCUACUAAAAACCAAGAAAAGGGCCAAAUCACUAUGACAACAGCAUUACUGUCAUAUUUAUUGCUGACAUCAAUAUUUUGGAAUCCCAAGGUGGUUUUGCGAAAGGAUUCAUAGAUGUACAGCUCUUCAUUUCCGUACUAAUUCACUCAUUUGAGUCACUUUGGAAGAAUCUGAAAACCUGCAUGUCCUCCUUUUGUAAAUAUGAUGUUGAUCAAUGUGGCAAAAAAAAACAAAAAACAGAAAAGAAUAUGAAACGUGUUGCUUUUUCCUGUCUUGUAGGCUUGGCUGCCUUGCCCAUCAUUAGAAUGCAUGAGACAUGAUUUGUUUUGACCAAAAAGGGCAAAGAUGAUUUAGCAUUUGCUGAGAACCGAAAAUUUGCUAACUUAAUGAUUCUAUUACAAAUUUCUUACUUAAAUAGUGCAAAAUUAGAAAGACGACUCGAAAACGAAACUCAAAACUAAUGGAGUAUGCUAGCAUGUUACCUAACGUGGUGUUCCCCACUCAUUUUGAAACAAACGUGAUUUAUUAGCCAAUGAAGAAUAUUAUUGAGAAACAAUGCGACGUAAUAUGAGACAAAUGUAAGGUUAACAAUGCACGGUUUGCUAACACCAUGUUCCUGCAAGUUUUAACAUGAAUCGUUGCCCGCUUUGAGAUUUAACUUUGAGAAAAGUUUCAGAGACACAUGAUGUAGCAUUAGCUCAGCUUGUAGCUUAGCAUUUACCCUAACAACAAAGGGAAUUAUUGCUCUUUUUGAGCUGUGUCACUUUAGAGCUUUAUGAUAACAGAAAGUUUCAUUUUUGUUGCAUCGUAAUUAUAUGAAAAAAAUAUAUACGUAUAUAAAAAAAGAAAAAAGAAUACAGCUAUUAAACACACACUAGAUGUCAUAUCCAAGGACAGGUAUUCUGGAUUAUUAUUAUUAGCAAAAAAUUACAGAAUUACAUUAAAGUGUGUACAAUUAUACAUAAUAAAGUGUGAAAUGUAUUCGAUUUGAACUCAGGUCUUUGCCAAGGAUUGGGCAUGGGGAUUAUGUUGAAAGGUGGCAUUUAGGAAUUGUGUGAGCAUGUGCAGUAGUAGCUGAUUUUUCUUCAUAUUGAUUUUAUUCUUUUAUUCUCUGAAACGACUCUGGGAGAUUUUAUUUUGAACGGUAACAUCCACUGCACUUACCCCCUCACCACUCCUCUGGGACAACCAAGCCUUACGAACUUUGCGACGUGAAACAUUUGAAUGUUUGUAUGUCAUUCAGAAGAAACUACGUGUUGAUUUCGAUAUGUUGAUACUGCCACAAUAAAGCUCCCUAAUGUAA